CAAAUUGCGCCGGAACAAUAUCUUCCUGUUCCAUCUGAAGAUAAUGAUAGUAAACAGCAAGAACAUCAAUUAUUAUUGGCUCAAUUACGAUACGAGCUCGCUGAGCGAACGAGACUAAACGACAAAUAUCUUGAAAAAUUGAAAAGAAAAGAAGACUCUCUUCGAAGGCUCCGAGGAAAAUCAGAAGAAUAUCAUAAAAUCAACAAAAUAAUGUCUAACCCAUUUAGUCAAAUUAAAAUAUCUUUAAUGGUUUCUACCAACGACCCUUCAUCACCUGAAACUAUGUCAUUAGUCAAACAAUUAUCAAAUUCCAUGAUUAUUGAUACUUUAAAAUAUCUGGCUAUAAUAAUUUAUAUAAAUUACUAUUUGGCAUUUCACUGA